AUGGCAGGACAUGCACCUUUAAAUCCGGAAUUGCUUCUUGCGUCGCUUGCAACUUACGAACUGGUCAGUUGGUUCUUGAGGCAAGAGGAAGCUGACAGGCGCUACCUUCUCCCUGAGCAAGCUGCUGCCAUUGCAAGGCAUGGAGACAAUUACUUGAAACAUAUCCAGAACCUGUCCCGCUUGGCAUCCGCGAACCUUCUGUUAAGAUGGAAGGUAUUGCCAAAACAUCACGAACCUCGAAUGAUUGUGUUCAAACACGUGAACGAAGACAUGGUGAAGACCGAGCAGUCGGCUCGGUCGUACCAUGCUUUCGUCGAUGAGGAUUGUGUAUUGCAGUGGAAGAAGUUGGCCACCAACAUGUCAUCACAUGCGCUUGAGGAAAAACUCCUCCUUCGGUACUUGCUGCGACUGGGAGCUGUGGAGCGCUGA